AUGAACACCAAGACUUUCCUCACUUUGUUGGCUGUUGUAUGCAUCAUUGCUGUCGUUCAAGCUCAAUCCUCAGCCAACCCUAUUGAAUCUCUUCAAAACAAGGCUUCAUCCGUAGCUGCUAGUGCCACCAACACAUCUCCUGCUGCUCCCUCCAACACCAACCACAGUGCUGCCUUCUCUUUGAGCUCUGGUCUGACUGGAACCGUUUUCAUGCAAGUUGCCGUUCUCGGAUGUGCUUUCCUUGCUUCCUCUUUCUUGGCUUAA